GGGAAUUUUUCACUCUGAUGUUAAAGUUGGAAACGUUUUUACGCACAGUGAUAAUGAUGAACAACAACUGAACAAAUGUAUUCCAGGUGUUCCACUUCAUUUCACAAAUACGCAUCAGUGUGCACGCGCCGAAACAAACGUUAUAACCUGUUAACAAAUGUUUCCUUAAUUUAAUUAAAGGCAGUUUCACUUUAAGGAGAAAAGCUUUUGAUGAAUUGACUUGUAUCUCAUAGAGAAUCGACGAUAAGCAGUGGUUUGGUUUGGUUUGGUUUGCGCACAAACCGAGGCCUGUACCUGGUCAUGAAGCACUGUCAAAUUAAAUGAGAGAGGUCACUUCGAUGAAACUAAAACGGAUUUAAAUAAAACGUAGACUGACGGAAGGAGUUGGUAACAGACGGUUACGCGUUGGUUUGUGUCCAAAAAUGUUGCCAAAGGGAAACAAUAUAACAAACUCCCAACAAACCUAAUGAAGGGUUACGGUUUUUUUCUUAAAUUGACAUCCGUCCAUUCUUGUUCUGGUGCUUAAUUCGCAGUGAUGAGAUUUGAACGUUUAUUUAAUUUUUCACGUUCUUGUGUUGCUGCUAAAAAAAUCAUGAGAUUUCACACUUUUACGCACGGGACGCAGCUUUUCCCUGACUACAGGGUUUUUAACCAAAGCUUAAAUGUAUACAUUUCCGACAACAAAUAAUCAUAAAACCCUCAAGGAUCAGAGAUCCUAAUUAGACACGCAUAAUUAUAAGCAGAAUCCACGCAGAGAUUCAGUUUGUUCUCGUGUUUUGGAUUAAAGUUUCCAAUGGAACACACGUGUGUUUUUGCAACUUUCAUCAUGACAGUUUUGCCUCCUGCGAAAAAAGCGUCCACGAAACUUUUUUCUGCCCAUCCGGUUGAAUUAUGGCGUGACGUCAUUUACAGUGGCCAAUCACGACAGAGCUUCCCUCCCUUUUUGGGCCAAUGGGAGACGACGAGCAGCGCUUGUCAGUCACAGGUGAGGGUGGACGUUAGAAAAAAUUGGGUGAAAAGAGCCAGAGAGUGGAGCGAUCCCGGGCUGAUGACAGAGCUGUACGGAGGAGCAGCAUCGUGCCUGCGGAUGUAGCAGGAACUUUCCACGGCUUCUCCUGCGGGGAUGCGACCACGAACCCACUGUGGAGGGGAAAAGUUAACAGCCACAGCAGAGCUCCACGAAGGGAGGAGACUAAAAUGUCCAUGAAGUGACUUUUACUCCACUUAUCCGGGCCGGUUAUUUAGUUAACUUGAAGACAGAGGAAACUUUUUCUUUUUGCUGCAGUGAAAAUGGCCGUUCGUGGCAACUCGCUGAUGCCGUUCUCAAUCCAAGCCAUCCUGAACAAAAAGGACGACAGCCGACACUUGCCAGAUUUGGACAUGUGUUUCUCCAAGUCUGCGUGCUGGAAAAUAUUUGGGGAGAUGAACGGCGGGUCAAGGAGGAACGACGGUGAAGCGUGUGAGCCGAUGGACCAGAAAAACUACGACUCGGACUCGGGACUCAGCGACGACAACGACAGCAAGACUCCGGCCACGUGCAAGUCGGAGAAGGACGGGGACGCCGCGUCGGAUGUGCCGGAGGAAAGUGUGCAGGAGGAGACGGACCAUGAGUCUGCAGCUGCGGAGAACGCAAAGAGCGACAGUGAGCCCAACAAUGCCACUGACUCCAGCACGUUGGACGAGAAGAGCCAGGAUCAGCCCAAACAGCGGAAAAAGCGCUCCAGAGCCGCUUUCUCCCACGCGCAGGUCUUUGAGCUGGAGCGUCGCUUCAACCACCAGCGGUACCUGUCCGGGCCGGAGCGCGCGGACCUCGCGGCCUCCCUGAAGCUCACAGAAACUCAGGUCAAGAUCUGGUUCCAGAACCGUCGCUACAAGACGAAACGCCGCCAAAUGGCCGCCGAUCUGAUGGCGUCCACCCCGGCGGCCAAGAAAGUGGCGGUGAAGGUUCUGGUGCGGGACGACCAGAGACAGUACAGCCCGGGAGAGAUCCUGCGGCCCCCGCUGCUCUCCCUGCAGCCGUCCUACUAUUACCCCUACGCCUACUGCCUCCCUGCGUGGACACUCUCUGCGUGUGCGGGGAACCAGUGAGAUCUCAGUCAUGACUGUAUUUAUUCAGAUCCUAUUUUUUACUGUUUUUUUUUUUUUUUGCUCCCAGGAAAUCAAACAAAAUAAACUAAACUAUUUUUUUUCUUCUGACAAGAGGAGGAGGAUAAUCUGCUCAGCGGUCUCUGGUUGAAGUGCAUCUUCGUUGCUGUUCAGGCCAGAGCAAGCGUUUUUACGCGUCUACAUCCUCAAAAAUGACUCCUUAUUGUGAGUUAAUACAGAGGAUCCCCGAUACAGACGAUAUUCUACACGAUUUAAAGAAUAUAAUCCUGAAUAUCUGAGCUGUGAGAGGGUGGAGCGAUAAGACUGGACCUCUUUUUAAAUAUCAGUAUGUUAAACUUUGAGGAGAACAUCAAAGGCAAGGGAUUCCCCGAAGGACACCUGAAGCCCCCCACACCCGGACCCGGACCCCAUUUUGUGACCCUGAGGCCUCCACAGACUGAAAGUGUGUCACCUUUUGCUGGUUUAUAUUUUUUACAAGCGCCUUCCUACCUCUGCAGUGAUUGGAAAUAGGCAUAUUCCAUUGACUUUUCAAAUAACUGUCUCUGUUACAGGUUGUGUGUGUUUUUUGUUUUGUUUUGUUUUUUUUUGUUUUUGUUUCAUUGCUGUGUUUGUAAAGGUAAGAUAUUUCAGCACUUUUGAGCAUAUGCAUUAUUACAUUAUUUCAAUGUAUAAAAAAAAGAAAGACAUUAUAGUUCGGAUAUUUUGUACAGUGUCAGACUGAAGAGAGGGUGGUGUUGUUGUUGUUGUGUCGUUGGUCUGCAGUGAUCGUGUGGCAGGAAAACAGGAUAAAUUGUACAUGUGUUAAAUGACAACAUUAAAACAUAUCAGGCAUUACCUCCGCUUGAAUGCAGUUUUAUUUGUAGGCGUUUUAUGCUGGAGUGUAAUGCGGGGGCAAUGGAGGAAUUCUAUUAAAAACUACUCUAAUAAAACAGUCUGAUUUUAUUAAUAAUUGUAACACAUUUGAGUUGGAUAUAUAUUGUCUUAUUUCACGUAAAGCGCUGGUUAAUGGUGUAAUAAUAAUAUUUUUUUUACUGAACGCUGGAAAUACACAGGACACAUUUAAUAUUUACUGCUUUGUAAUAAACAAAUAACAACUA